UGUGUGUGUGCGUGUGCGUGUGCGUGUACGUGUCUGUGUCUGUGUCUGUGUGUGUGUUGCAGUGAGCAGUGUAUCGAGGCAUAUGAGCUGCUGCUGGUGCUGGCUGAGAGUGAACAGGGUCUGGUUUUGGGUCAGUUCAGAGCUGCUGGAGUCAGUGCUGUGGGAGAGCAGGCGGGUGAAGAGAGCAUCACACAGAUCCUGAAGAAAGCUCACGACAGCAGAAAGAAGGCAGAAAACGCCACUAAAGACCUUCUGACGCGACUAGACGGCAGCUGCGGCGCUGCGUUUGCUGUUACCAGCUGCAGCGUUCAGCCCUGGGAGAGUCUCUCAUCCAACAGCCACACCAGCACCACCAGCUCGACGGCGAGCAGCUGUGACACGGAUUUCUCCAAAGACGACGAGCAGCGUCUAAAGGACUACGUGCAGCAGCUGAAGAACGACCGGGCGGCUGUCAAGCUGACCAUGCUGGAGCUGGAGAGCGUCCACAUCGACCCGCUGAGCUACGACGUCAAACCCCGCGGAGACUCGCAGAGACUCGACCUGGAGAACGCCGUGCUCAUGCAGGAGCUCAUGGCCAUGAAGGAGGAGAUGGCGGAGCUGAAGGCUCAGCUGUAUCUGCUGGAGAAGGAGAAGAAAGCUCUGGAGCUGAAGCUGAGCACGCGGGAGGCUCAGGAACAGGCCUAUCUGGUGCACAUCGAGCAUCUGAAGUCUGAGGUGGAGGAACAUCAGGAACAGAGACGGCGAUCGCUCAACUCCACCGGCAGCAGCGCUGGAGCCAAAGACAAGAGCGGGAAGGACUCUGGUGAUUCUCCAGCGAUCAGUCUGUCUGAUCUGAGGAGUCUGAGCGACAGCGACCUCGCGGCGGAGCUCACCAGCGCACUCAGGAGAGAGAAGAAGCUGAAGGGUCGUGUUCAGGAGUUGGUCGCGGCGUUAGAAAGACUCACUAAGAGCAGUGAAGUCCGACAUCAGCAGUCGGCGGAGUUCGUUAAUGACCUUAAACGAGCCAACAGUAAUCUGGUGGCGGCGUACGAGAAAGCCAAGAAGAAGCACCAGAACAAGCUGAAGAAGCUGGAGUCUCAGAUGAUGGCGAUGGUGGAGCGGCACGAGACGCAGGUGCGGAUGCUGAAACAGCGCAUCGCUCUUCUGGAGGAGGAGACGUCUCGACCGCACACCAGCGAGACCUCGCUCUGAGCCCAGACUCUCAGUAACACACCAACUCUCGUACAGUAUUUCACUGCAGCAUCCUCCUCACUAAACCCUCUGGACGGCAAAAACGCUCGUCCUGUCAUCGCUCACAAACCGCAGGACUGUGUUCUUCUGAGGGAACACAAAAGAAGACGUUUCUCAGGAUGUUCACGCUGCUCUUUCAAGCUGCAAAAACCAUCAUAAAAACACGAAACGACGGCUCGAACGUGCUCGCGUUUAGUUCGUUUCUCCAAUUCUUAAUUAUGAGGUUCACCGUUUUUAUGCUUUUACUAGUUAAACCCGGUAAUCGUGAUGACAUGAACACACCAUAAAUCCUCACAAUUAUUCAUAAUCUCAGAAUGAAAUGACAUGAGAAAGUACAGCAGCACAGACUCACUGGCAGCUGGUUUUGUUCACUAAUUAUGUUUCAUAAUCGUACAGUGAAGAGAAAUAGAGUUUUGAGCAAUAAAUGAGAACGAGGUUUAAAAUCAUCCUCAGUUGAACUGCCUCACAGGACUAGUUGAGCCUCAGAUGAAAAUUCUGUCAUCAUUUACUCGGUCUUAAUAAUCUGUGCUCAGUUUAUAAUCAAAUGUAGGCCUUGUGAUCAAUAUGUGAUGAAUUAUGAGUUAUUAAUUUGUUAAAACACCACUUAGACUAACUGUAAUUGGCUGAUGAGAUGUUGAACAAUCGUUAUAAGAACUGUAUAUUAUUUUAUUGGUAACACUUUACAAUAAAGUCUAACAUUCAUUAACUAUAAAGAACGAAAAAUGAACAUUAAUCUUUGCUAAUGUUAGUUAAUAAAAAUACAGUGGUUCGUUUUCCAUAUUAGUUUAGUGCAUUAAUGAUGCAACUGAUGCAACUUUUGAUUUUUAU